AAACUUUUUACCACAUCCACAAAUCUCAAUCACUCAAAUGUCAAACAUUCAAUUAAACAUUCCUAAUAGUGAUGUUACACUUCAUCUUAUCAUCGAAAUCUUUCUCAAAAACUCUUUGCCAAACUUGGUUUUGGAAACUUCAUCCAAAGAGCUUAGUCUUCAAGUUUUGAAUGAAUCGGAUUCGGUUAUUGGAUUAAGUUCGAUUUUAGAAACUUUAAAUCAAAAACAUUGUCCUGGUUUGAUUGCUAGUAAUGAUGAUGAAAAAAAAGUAGCAAUGAGUUGGUUAAAAAGUAUGGAGAGUUUUGAAAUUCAAAAACCACAAGUUUUAAAAGAAUUAGAUAGUUAUCUUCAAUCUAGAACUUUUAUGAUUGGAAAAGGAUUAACAGCAAUCGAUUUAGUUGUCUUUACUAAACUACAUUCUUAUAUCAAAGGAUCAGUCCAAACCGAUCUUACGAACCAUCCUUCGAUCACUCGUCAUUUCGACUUCAUCCAAAACUAUCCAUCAGUUCAAACAGCCAUCCAAACCACCACCCUCUCCAAAAUCCCUAUCAAUGUAGAAGACGUACCAGAAAUCCCAAGACCUCAAGUCCCACCCCCAAUUAAAAAAGACAAAAAAGAAACCAAAGUCAAUGAAAACGGAUCAAAAGGAUCAACGAGCGAAGUGAGCUCUAAACCUACACCCAAUGUUUCUGGAGAAGGUAAUCAGUCUAGUAAAAAGAAAGAAAAGGAAAAAAAGAAAGAUGAGGGUAAGAAAGCGGCUGGAUCGACCGCUGUGGUUGUGGAAGGACCACCGAUGCCUCAUAUGAUAGAUAUGAGGGUAGGUAAGAUCGUUCAUGUGGAAAAACAUCCAGAUGCAGAUUCACUUUAUGUGGAAAAAAUCGAUUUUGGUGAACCUGAACUUCGAACGGUAGUCAGUGGAUUAGUCAACUAUAUUCCGAUUGAAGAAAUGAAAGAUAAAGUCUUGGUAGGCAUCUGUAAUUUAAAACCUGCCAAUAUGAGAGGAGUCAAAAGUUUUGCCAUGGUUUUAGCUGCUACUUCUAAAGAUGGGAAAGAUGGAAAAGGUAGUGUUGAAUUGAUUGAACCUCCAGUUGGUUCUUUACCUGGUGAUCGAGUUUAUUUUGAAGGAUUUGAGAAUGAAAAACCGAUUGAACAAUUAAAUCCAAAGAAAAAACAAUUUGAAAUGAUUCAACCAAAUUUUACUACACUUGAAAGUAAAGAAGCUUGUUGGAAAGAUCCGAAUUCAAAUGACAAUAAAGUUUAUAGAAUCAGAACAGAUAAAGGAAUUUGUUUUUCUCCUAAUUUUAUUGGUGCUUCUUUAUCCUGAAAAAACCAAUAACUAAACAUUUUUUUUGAAAUUUCAAAUUU